CAUGGCUGCCCAGCGCAGUGCUGAUUUAAGUGACUAUGAGGAGCUUCCUGAUAACAUCGGAACAGUAACUUUAUUUUAGUAUUAUUAGGGCUGGAAGACGCCUGUUAACAUGGGUUUGAUUAGACACGUAGUGUGCGCCAUGUCUGGAGGCGUUGACAGCUCAGUGGCGGCGUUAUUACUGAAGAGAAGAGGUUAUAAUGUAACAGGAGUUUUUAUGAAAAACUGGGACUCCCUGGAUGAGAAAGGGGUUUGUACCACAGAGAAAGACUGUGAAGAUGCCUACAGAGUGUGCCAGACCCUAGACAUCCCUUUCCAUCAGGUUUCCUAUGUGAAAGAGUACUGGCAUGACGUUUUCAGCAAUCUACUGAAGGAAUAUGAAAAGGGCAGGACACCAAAUCCAGAUAUACUGUGUAACAAGCACAUCAAGUUCAACCAUUUCCACAAGUAUGCGAUCCACACUCUGGGUGCUGAUGCCAUGGCAACGGGCCACUACGCUAGGACGUCUCAGGAGGAUGAAGACGUUUUCCAACAGGUGCCCUCAGAUUCACCUACCACUCUCUUCAGGGAUCGAUUUGAGAUUAGAAAUCCGGUCAAGUUGUACAAAGGAGCAGAUUCCCUCAAAGACCAAACCUUUUUCCUCAGUCAGAUCUCCCAGGAUGCCUUGCGACAUUCCUUGUUCCCAUUAGCAGGACUUACCAAAGAGUUUGUGAAAAAGAUUGCUGCUGAGGCAGGAUUUCACCACGUGCUGAAAAGGAAGGAGAGCAUGGGCAUCUGUUUCAUUGGAAAGAGGAACUUUGAAUCCUUUAUUCUGGAGUACCUUGAACCUAAACCAGGGAACCUAGUCUCCAUCGAGGAUGGAACAAUCAUGGGAAAACAUAAAGGCUGGUUUACUCUGACACUGGGCCAGAGAGCAAGGAUAGGGGGAACAAAGGACCCCUGGUUUGUGGUAGACAAAGACGUUGCUACUGGAGACGUCUUCGUGGCUCCAAGUACUACUCACCCAGCUCUUUACCGAGACACACUGAAGACAGACCGGUUCCACUGGAUCUCAGUAGACCCCCCUCCUGAACUCGCCAGAACCCAGAUGAUGGAGUGUCAGUUCCGCUUCAUACACCAGAUGCCGCUCAUCCCCUGCACGGUGACGCUGAACAUGAACGGUUCUGUAUGGAUUUCACUCUCUCAGCCAAUCAGAGCCUUGACUCCUGGACAGUUUGCUGUGCUCUACAAGGGAGAGGAGUGCCUGGGUAGUGGGAAGAUUAUCCAGAUGGGGCCGAGUGAAUUUACCCUCCAGAGGGGCAGAGAACGGCUGGUAGUAGCUGCACAGCAGAAGGAGCAGCAGACCCCCGAACCAGCCAGCUGAAACAUCUGGAGUUGGUGCUCAACAACGUCCCGUUACAGAAUAUGCAACCUGAGACACACCUCUGAGAUACCUCUGAGACGGACCUGCCUUGGAGGAUAAAUGGAGAUAAUAAACGGUUAACUGUGUUUUUAAACACGCUUUGACUUCUAAACACAGUACCGAUACCAAAAGAAGAGAAUAGUUUAGUAAAGAGUGCUUCUCUUUAAAGGGGACAUAUUGUGCAAAAAUCACUUUUUCAGGCUUUUCUAACAAAAAUAUUUCCCCUUGGUCUGUCCACAAUCCCCUCAAUCAAGUACCAGAAACCCCCCCCCC